AUGCUGAAAAUGGAGGUCCUGGCAGAUCUCACCCCCAGGCGCCUGUCCGGGGCAGCAGCCUUUAGGGGACGCCAAAAGCACACGCGGGGACCCCACCCUCGGAAGCGCCUCGUGUCCACCCCCAAAGUCAGUCACGGAUCCUCCGCACACGGGCGCCUCUUCGUGCAGGGCCUGACCCCGACUGACUCUCAGCCCCGGGCCCCCCACCCUCCAAGCGCGCAAUCGGCGCGGGCAGAGCGGGCACUGGAACGGGCGCUCGCCGGAGUGCACGCGGCGGUGCUGGGCCAGCUCUCCGGGCUCUCGGAAGCGGCGCGGGCAGAGCGGGCACCCGUGGGGCCGGCCGGCGCCCGCGCGGUGGGUGGCGCGGUGGCGCGCCAGGUGGCUGGCCCGCUUGAAGGCCUUGCCGCAGGCGUCGCAGGCGAAGGGCUUCACCUCCGAGUGAGUGACGCUGUGGCGCUGCAGGUUCUGCUCUCUGAUGAGGACCAGCCCGCCACGCCCACGCGAGGGGACCUGAUUGAGAUCCAGGUGGUGAAAGUGACCGACACCACGCCGGUCCCCGAGCCUCCGGAGCCGGAUCGCCUGCACUGUGCCUUGUGUCCAGCCGCUUUCCGGCUGGUGUCCGAGCUGCUGUUCCACGAACAUGGCCACCUGGCCGGCACCGAGGGCGGCAGGCCGGCUGGAGACCCGAGCCGGUGUCACGUCUGUGGCCACCGCUGCCCAGGCCCGGCCAGCCUUCGUGCACACUACAUUCUGCACGAGGCCGAACGCCCGUACCGCUGUGCGCUCUGCCCACGGGCCUUCAAGGCCCGGGCGCUGCUGCUGCGCCACCAGCACCGCCAUGGGCCUGGGUCUGAGCCUGGGCCCAGGCCGGCCAGGACAGCAGCGUCAAAGGCGACGAUCGUGGCCUCGCCCGAGCGCGCCCAGAUGGCGGUGGCGGUGGCCAAGCCCUUCGCCUGCCGCUUCUGCGCCAAACCUUUCCGCCGCUCGUCCGACCUGCGCGACCACGAGCGCGUGCACACGGGCGAGCGGCCCUACCACUGCGGCGUGUGCGGCAAAGGCUUCACGCAGUCGUCGGUGCUCAGCGGCCACGCGCGCAUCCACACGGGCGAGCGCCCCUUCCGAUGCGCGCUGUGCGGGCGCACCUUCAACAACUCCUCCAACUUUCGCAAGCAUCAGCGCACCCACUUCCACGGGCCCGGCCCAGGUGGCCUGGGGGAGCUUGACAGCUCGCAGGCCACGGUGGGCGGUGGGGGACCCGGGAACCGCGUGCGGGUGAAAGAGGAGCUUGACCCCUAAGUUGCCAAGGGGAGCGGGCUGGG